AUGGACGACGACUCUUCUCCUUCCUGUCUGCUUUGCGAUGCUCUCUUCACCUUCACCAACAGGGGGCACCACUGCCGCGCCUGCCUGAAGCUGGUGUGCUCGGCAUGCAGCUCCAACAUGUGGAAGCUGGAGGCCGGGCGGAGCCGGGGCUACGGCAGCGCCGGGAGGCGCGCGGCCUUCAAGCGCGUCUGCGACAAGUGCUACGGCACCCUCGUGGCCACCAAGGAGGUGCUGGUUGGAGGGGACGCGGCUUCCCUCGACUCUGGCGAGCACGUGCACUUCGAGGUGAUCGUGCACGAGACCUUGGGCAGAGCCCAAGCCUCCCGCGGGGAUGCCCCGCCCUCGGUGCCGGUGGGGCCGUCGUCUCCCCGACCGGGGGCGGCGACGACGGGGUUCGGUGUCGGUUUCAGCGGAAGAGCGACGUGGGGGGAAGGGGAUGAUGCUGCUGCCGGCGGCGGCGGUGGAGCCGCGUGGGCAAGACGCGGCCGGUGCCCCAAUCGCCGCCGCCUGCCGCUUCGUCAACCUCUGCGCCCCGGCCGUCACCCUUCGAGUCGGGAGAUGGCGCCGCGAUCGGCGUGGCCGGUGUCUCCGGCUCGAGCAGCGUUGGCGGGCAAGGGCACCAGUGCUUCGAUCAGAACUUCCUGUUCAGGGUGUCGUGCGCUUGCCGCACCGGGGACUAUCUCGUUCUGGAGGUGUACGACCGGGCGGGCGGGCUAUCAGCCGUGGCAGACCCCCUUCUCGGGCACUGUCGGAUACCGCUCUACCGGGUUCCACGCAAGAGGUGGGGUUGAUAUGUAG